AUGAUUCAAAAGAUGGUAAUUUUUUUAUUUAUUAUUCUGAUAACAUAAAAUUAUCAAAAAUAUCAAGAAACGUGAAAAAAUAAUAUUCAAACGACUUCUUAGUGCUAAAACCAACUUAUACGCCAGAAGCUGUCCUUAAAAGGCUUGCGAAUGGCAUUUUCGCAUGCCGCUCGAUAUUUUAUUGGACAUUUUUUGUUUGUCCUUGUUUCCUGUACAAAUUCCUUCAAAUUUUUUACAAUAGUUUUAAAAUAUGUAGUAUAAAUUCAUCUGUAUAUUAACAUGAUGUUUUUAGAAUAAAAUGAAUCUAAAUCUCCUUGGAGUUCUAUUUUUACCGUUGGUGGUGUCGUAUGAUGCUAUUUUGUGGUCUUCAGAUGCUUCAAACUUGUAGGUUUUAAAAAAUCCUUUACUUUUUCAAAAGGAACUUAAUAUUACACUUUUUUCAUUACAAAUUCGCUAAAAUCACCUUGUUUUAGAGAAAAAGACAUCAAAACCUUGGUCGAUUCUGCAAAUCCAAGGCAAAAAGUGUACUUGAUAGGUGUGGAAGACUUUAAUCUUGAUAAUUUGGACAAAGAUACAGAUGAAUCCAGUGUGCUACAUAGCAUUGUCAGCAAAAAACACGAAGAGAUUAGCAAUUUCAAUGGAGUUUCGGUAUGUAAUUGUUUGAAAUUGUUAUAAAUUUAGGAUUUGAAAAGGAACCUUUUAAUUUUUUAAAUGAUUUAUAAAAGGCUUAUAAUUGUUACCUAAAUUAAUCUUUCUUAAAUUUGGUAGCUCUAUUAUGUAGUUAUGGAGGUUUUUGUACCUAAAAUAUAGUAAAUUUCAAAAACAUAACCUAAAAAAAUUGAAAAAAAUUUAGAUUCCCCAAAACAAUCCAAAUGUGGAGUAUAUUGAGGUAAUGCUGGAAACUCUAGACUCAAUCAAGAAAUUUGAAAAUGAUUUUGUGGCCAUUUUGUCGGAGCCAGAGGCAUUUAAAGUUAACAGCCGAGUUAAGAGGGUUGGCCUUAUUGAUGACAAUGAAGGAGAGGAGGAGGAGGAAGAAGAUCCAAGGUAGGUUGUGUAAAAUACGCUCUUUUUAUUACUUCUUUCCAAAUCAUGUUUCUUUAUUUUGAAAUUGAUCAAAAAAUUAUUAUUUUACAGUAUCUUACCGUAUCCUUUAAGUUCGUUUUUUUUUAUUUUUAAAAAUUGAAAAAUAUAUAACAUCAGGCAUUUCAUAACAAUUAGGUUGUUCAAAUAAUUAUGUGCCUCUAAGCCCGAAAAAUUGCUUUGAAAAGGGCACAGAAUUAUUUUAACAAGCUAAUAUUAUAUACGUACUUAUUAUAAUCAUAUUUUAGACCAAGAUCCCGUCAAAACUCCAAGUCAAAGUCCAAAUCCAGGUUCCGAUCUUCUGGAGGCGCUUCUCUUAACUUCCCAGUCAUCCUGCCACCCUAUGACUCGAAGGCUGCCAGUCCAAAGAAGCCGGAUUCUGAAUGGGGAUCGUGUCUUUUGUACCUCGAGUCAAUAGGGUUGUACGUGUUUGAUGCUACACGGAAAAAAGAUUUACUGGGCAUUGGGGCUUUUAUGGACAGUCGGAGUGGCAAUAAGUUCAGUUUUGGAGAUGGCAACGUGAAGUGUGAUGACGAAAAUGGAGAAUAUGAGUGGGUUUUUGAAAUUGUAAAGAUUUUUUAUGUUUGUCAUUAGCCUACCGUACCAUAUUAUACCCAGGGACGUCGCUACGGAUUUUCUCUGGAGGGGGGGGGGAUCACUCCGAACUACCCCCCCCCUCCCCCCUCGCCUUCUAUAUUACCCUUCCUUACCCUACUCAACCCUUGGUACCUUAAUUAUUUUUACCUUCUCUCAAUGUACCUUGUCUUGCCAUAGCCUACUUUACCUUACUCGACCUUAUCUUGUUUUGUUCUUGGUUAACAUUUUCUAAUAUGAUUUACAUUUAAGUUCUUUGUUAUAGGUUUACAAUCGAAGCUACUCCAGCAAAGCCAUUGAACGCCUAUAGAAGUGGCAUGAAAGAAAAGUCAUCGUUCUUUAGUAUUAAUCAACCAAUUUCUUUUACGUAAGUUAUUAUCAAUAUAAAAUAUUUUGUUGAUUUCUUUGAUUUAAUUCAUAGCAAGGCUUUUUGUCUAUGGUAAUAUCCUAAUUUUAAAAAAAAAUUUAAAAUUUAAUAAUUUUUUAAAUUUUUGGUGUUCCACUACCUUUACCUUAUUUCAGAUUAAAAAUCAAGAACCUAAAGAACGAAUGGCGUCUCGUGGACGUAGUUAUCAAUGAUGACAUCCAAAUCAAAAAAGGUCAACAAGAAUGGCUGAACACUUCUCUCUCUGUGAAGCCUCAAUCAGCUUCACCUGCUUCAGUCUUAUCAUUAGGUGUGACUGGCUACAAUGGCUACAACUACGCUUGUUCAGCUACAAAUGCUGCCGUUUUUCGUACCAACAAGAAGAACUUUGAUUUUGGACUAGUACUAGGCAAUGUUCAAAUUCAAACUACAGGAGUAUUGAAGGAUCAGAAAGCCAAGUUUGCGAUGCUGACAAACGAUUGUGUACCUACAUUCAGUGCUGGUUCUUGGAUGGGCAUUAUUGUUGCAGUACUGCUCAUCAGUAUCUUGACAUUUGGGUUCUUGAUGUUGAAUAGUGUCAAGACUAUCGACCGGUUUGAUGAUCCGAAGAGGAAACAAAUGGUUGUUAAUGUUAAGGAGUAG